AUGGAUGUGUUGACUGUGAGCACAAGUGAGGCUGCAAAUUCGAACAAGUUACCUUCUUCUAGGUACAAGGGAGUUGUCCCGCAGCCAAAUGGCAGAUGGGGAGCUCAAAUAUACGAGAAGCACCAGCGUGUGUGGCUGGGAACCUUCAAUGCCGAAGAAGAAGCUGCUAAGGCCUAUGACAUUGCCUCAAUAAGGUUCCGAGGCCUCGAAACCAUCACAAACUUCAACCAGAAUCAGUUGAAGCCUUACAUGGAUGGUGACAACGAAACCCUUUUCUUGCAGUCUCAUUCCAAGGCCGAGAUCGUCGACAUGCUUCGAAAACACUCGUACACCAAUGAGCUUGAGAUGUACAAGCUCAAGCUGUUCAAUGCUGGUGAUGAUGAUGCUGCUAGGAAGAGAAUUAAGUGUCACGUUAAUUUGAUGGAAGGUUAUGAUCAUCAGAGGGAGUGGCUUUUCGAGAAAGUGGCGACGCCAAGCGAUGUAGGGAGAUUAAACCGUAUGGUCAUACCAAAACAACAUGCAGAGAAGCAUUUUCCAUCGCAUCUGAGUGAGGAAUUAUGUAAAGGGGUGCUGUUGAAUUUUGAGGAUGGUGAGGGGAAAGUUUGGAGGCUUCGAUAUUGUUAUUGGAGUAGCAGUCAGAGUUAUGUGUUGACGAAAGGGUGGACUCGUUUUGUGAAGGAGAAGAAGUUGAAAGCAGGGGAUGUUGUUAGGUUUGAGAGAUCGAGAGGGGAGGAGAAGAAGAUGUUCAUUGACUGUAGACCAAGAAAAGUCGAGGUUUCGGGGCUCGGAGAGAUGGCCAGUAGGGUUGAAGUUGAAGAGCCUCUGUCGAGGGUUCAAGAAGAUGAUGGAGUGGUAAGGUUGUUUGGAGUUAACAUUGUGGAAACAUGUAGUUGUAUUGUAGACAAUAACAUGUGUUGGAGGCUUGGAGCAAGAAUAAGUUCAUAG